AUGAAUUUUUAUAGAGAUGCCACUUGGGUGUUGGAACAUUUAGAGGCUCAGGACAAGAAAGGCAGAGUCUCAGGGUCCCUACUAUCUCUUGUAGUGAAGAGUUGUAAGCAGUUCAAAAUCCAGUCCAAUCCCAAGCAUGUGUAUGCUGUAGUAGAAUCAGCUUGGAAAUUCAAGCCCUUUAUAGAAAGAAUCAUGGCUAAGUCGGGGAUAUUGGACGAUAUACCAAAGAAAAAGGGUAAACCUAUUUAUCAGAGGCUGACGCUGUUGUUAUUAAUUCAUGAUUUAAUGUUUUCUAAAUCCAGGAGAAUUCAAAUGGGAAAACAUCCAAUAAAGACUUUUGUUCUGGGUUAUAAAACUCGGUUACAUUCAGAAUUGGUUAAAUUGAAAUUGAAAUUGAAAGUUACUAAUCUAAAUGAUAUGAUCAAUGCAAAUUCGAAUUCAAAUGAUUCAACUGAUGAUAUUACACCUGUCAGAUGGAUACGUAUUAAUCCAAUCCGUAUUCCAAAACAAAAAUCUUCGGAUGAUAUCAUUCUUGAGUUACGUAAGAAAUUUACCACUAAAGUUGAUCAUUGGUCAAAGAUAAAACCAGGAUGUAUCUAUUACGACGAGUAUAUCCCCAACUUGUUUGGGAUCUCACCAACUGAUAAGAUCACUUCCCAUGAAUUAUACAAAAAUGGGAAAAUUAUUAUUCAGGAUAGAGCUUCAUGUUUCCCAGCUCAUAUUUUGAAUGCCACUCCUGAUGAUUAUAUCAUUGAUGCAUGCGCAGCCCCUGGUAAUAAGACAACUCAUGUAGCUUCAUAUAUCAUGUCUUUGAAUAAUGACACCCAUAUCAAUUUCGAUAAAAAAAGGGUUUUUGCAUUUGAAAAAGAUCCAGAAAGAUCAAAAAUAUUGGAUAAGAUGGUAAAGAUUGCUGGUUGUAAGAAACUUGUAGAAAUUAAUACGGGUGACUUUACAAAGAUUGCUACCCCAGAAAAAUAUCCAAAUGUCACAGGUUUCAUUGUUGAUCCAUCAUGUUCAGGAAGUGGUAUUUUUGGAAGAAAGUUUAUCGAUAAUAUUAAUAGUAAUAAAAAAUUAACUGAAAAAGUUAAAGAUGAAGGAGAAGAUGAUGAACAAGAUAUUCCACUUGAACAAGAAACUUUAGCAGAAGCAAAAGCAAAAGAUGAUUUAGAAACCAGAUUAUCAAAAUUAUCUUCGUUCCAAUUCCAAGUAGUAAAGCACGCUAUGUCCUUUCCAAGUGCUAAAAAAAUAGUUUAUAGCACUUGUUCAAUUCACGCAGAAGAAAAUGAGCGAGUUGUUAUCGAUUUAUUAUUAGACAAGAAAGUAAAAGAAUGGGGCUGGAAAGUGACACCAAGAUCUCUCUCCAUCCCAACAUGGGAAAGAAGAGGGUUAGUUAGUGAAUUCGAAGACGUGUUUAAGAAUGAUCCAGCAAUGGAUCCAAAACAAUUAGCAGAGGGUUGCAUUAGAACUUUGCCGAAAGAGGAUGGUGGUAUUGGUUUCUUUGCCGUUUGUUUCGAAAGAAAUAUCUAG